UCGAAAGCGCACGUUCUGCUUAAUGUCGGUUGAUGCCCUCCCCUCGCCGAAUCUCCACUGAGAUGGUGCUUCUUCAAAACUCCAAUCUCAAGGCGGUGGGAGCAGAUCGCUUGAGUCAUCUGAAGGUUCAUAACUUUACCGAAUCUUUCACAGCUCAUCUGCCAAUGAGUUGGGUGCCUGCCUGCACUUGUCAGGAACUGUGAAGCUCGUGUACAGCCUCUUUAUAUGUGCGCACUGCUGGUGCCAGACGCGCGUUUCCAGCCCGCGCUGGUGAUGCGAUGCCCCGCAACCAAAGCGGAGAUGAGGGCGGUACUGGUCUCUGGAUGAAAACCUCACAGCACUAUGGGAUGAAAGAUGUUGAAACCGGUCGUGGGACCAUGAACAGCGCGACCAGGACAGUCGACAGCCUGCUGACUGCGCCGGGCACAACAGGUGCAGGAGGCUCGGAGAACCAGAGGAAAAAGCAGGGCGCCCGUCUUAGCCUGCUGGGGAAACCGCUCGCCUACAGCGCGCAGAGCGGCCGGAGAAACGCGCGCUACAGGAAGCUCCAGAAUUACCUCUACAAUGUCCUGGAACGACCGCGAGCCUGGGCAUUUGUUUACCACGCCUUUGUGUUCACCUUGGUGUUUGGCUGUCUGGUUCUCUCCGUGUUCUCCACCAUCCCUGCUCAUAUGGACCUCUCCAAUCACUGUCUCCUCAUACUGGAGUUUGUGAUGAUUGUUGUUUUCGGUCUGGAGUACAUCAUUCGCAUCUGGUCGGCUGGAUGCUGCUGUCGCUACAGAGGAUGGCAAGGACGACUGCGCUUCGCUAGAAAACCAUUCUGUGUCAUUGACAUUAUUGUGCUCAUUGCAUCCAUCGCAGUGGUUUCAGCUGGUAGUCAGGGCAAUAUUUUUGCCACAUCUGCACUUCGCAGUCUGCGUUUUUUGCAGAUCCUGCGCAUGGUGCGUAUGGACAGGCGAGGUGGCACCUGGAAACUGCUUGGAUCUGUAGUCUACGCUCACAGCAAGGAGCUUGUGACCGCUUGGUACAUUGGCUUCUUGGUGCUGAUCUUUUCUUCAUUCUUGGUCUACUUGGUGGAGAAAGAAUUUAACAAACAGUUCGCCACCUACGCUGAUGCUCUUUGGUGGGGUACGAUCACGCUCACCACCAUUGGAUACGGAGAUAAAACUCCACAGACCUGGACCGGGCGGCUUCUGUCUGCAGGAUUUGCUUUGCUGGGCAUCUCGUUCUUUGCUUUGCCUGCUGGUAUUCUUGGCUCUGGCUUUGCUCUGAAGGUCCAAGAGCAGCACAGACAGAAGCACUUUGAAAAGAGGAGAAACCCAGCAGCCAGCCUUAUACAGUGUGUGUGGCGUAGCUAUGCGGCUGAUGAAAACUCGGUUUCCAUUGCUACCUGGAAGCCUCAUUUGAAGGCGUUGCAUACCUGCAGCCCUACAAAGAAAGACCAGGGGGAAUCCAUGAGCAGCCAAAAGUUAAGUUUUCGGGAACGUGUGCGCAUGGCCAGUCCUCGUGGUCAGAGUGUAAAGAGCAGGCAGAUGUCUGUGAAUGACCGACGCUCUCCUGCCACAGAGGUGGGGGUGGAGGGCAGCAGCCCUGCCAAGGUCCAGAAGAGCUGGAGCUUCAAUGACCGCACACGCUUCCGGCCAUCCCUCAGGCUCAAGAGCCAAUCGCGCACAACAGCUGAAGCUGACACAAAUCUUGGACCGGAUGAUGCUUUUGAUGAGAAGGGUUGCCAUUGUGAUGUGACUGUGGAAGAUCUCUCUGCCCCACUAAAAGCAGUUAUCAGGGCCAUCAGGAUAAUGAAAUUCCACGUGGCCAAGAAGAAGUUUAAGGAGACUCUGCGACCAUAUGAUGUGAAAGAUGUGAUUGAGCAAUACUCUGCUGGCCACCUGGAUAUGUUAUGCCGUAUCAAGAGUCUCCAGACUAGGUUGGACACCAUUGUGGGUCCACAGACCCUGAGCAGCAAAACCAAGACCUUUUCUUCUCCUUCCCUGCACUUAUAUUACAGCCAGACCAAGAGGAAACACUCUGCCCCAGGACUCGCAACAGCUGUGGGUCCACAUCGGACACUCAGCACCAAAGCCAGGAACCUUUCCUCUCCCUCUCUACACAUGUAUUACAGCCAAAGCAAGAAGAAGCACACUGGAGUGGAUCAGAUACUGGGAAAGGGCCAGAUUUCAGUAGACAGGAAAGGCAGGGAGAAAAUCCUCCCCGAAGGAGAGUCCUUGGAGCAUGACAUGAGCAUGCUUGGCCGUGUCUGUAAAGUAGAGAGACAAGUACAGUCCAUUGAGUCAAAGCUGGACUCAUUGCUGGAUAUUUACCGGCAAGUGUUGCAGAAAGGCUCCUCUUCGAUGCUUGGUCUGUCUGCUUUGCCCUUGUUCGAGCUGGAUCAAACCUCCGACUACCAAAGUUCCAUCCAUAGCAAGGAUUUGUCAUCCUCCUCCCAGCUUACUGGCAGUGGCAUGUCUCGUUCCGGCAGCAGUAACCUGCACCGUGGUCUUCAUCUUGCUCUGGCCCCCAGUGAACUCAGCUUGGGUACUGGUUACCCACAUUCCGCCUCCUCCUUUUCACCUUCUCCUCUCCUUAAUAACCAACCCUCCAGCCCAGACAGUUUCUACCCAGCGUCCCCACCUCCCAUUCUCACCCCCAACAACCUUUCCAGAAGUCACCAGCGGUUCAGUGAGCUGACCAGGCCGGUCCCAACAGUCCAUUCAGCCUCAUCGACCCUUCAGCUCCCGCCUAUGGUGCCAACGCUUCAAAGUCUUAUCCCAGAGACACUGCUGGAGAGCAGGGCCGAGUGUCCGAGCAGUUGUCUGUUGAGCACCCAAACCGAGGCUGAGUCAGACAAGGAAGCCGAGAGUAUUCAAAGCAUGGUACAGCUACGGGACAAGCCCGAACGUAAUCCCAAGGAAGAUGGGUCAUGGAGAAGACACUUGAGUCUUGACAUUGAUCCUCUGAUGCUCAUGUCUUCCACAACAGCUGCCUCGCUUCAGGUCGAGCGUGGGCUCGGUAAGUCUCUUUCCGCUCAGAACCUCAUGCUACCAACUGCUGCAGACUGCCAUCCCAGCCUGUCCACUCGGAGCAGCGGCAGCAGCAACAAUGAGUCCAGCGACCACGAGCCACUGGCCAACUGGGGCGAUACAGAGCUGUUCAUCAAUGACAAAGAUUUGGAAACCACGGAGGGUGACUGUUACCACCUUCACCAACAAAGCAACGAUACAACGUUCUCUUCUGAGCUGCUACGGACAGGAGCCAGUGGGCCGUCUCCCAGCCAGGCUGGACCAAUAGAUGUUCUUGAAUCCCAUAACUUGCCUCACGUAUGCCUCGAAUAACCCCCGGGCACAGGAACCUCACUGUGGAGACUGGACACAACUUCAUGUCCCUCAUAUGCUUCUUUUCCAAAAGAAAUUAUGUUUUCUAAUUUUCACCAGAAAAAAAACAUUUAUAUUCAUUCUUACAUAUCAAUGCAUGGACAAUUUGUCAGAAAAGGUAAUUUAAAUUAACAAGAAACUGUUGGGGGAAGAAAUAUUUACAAAAAUAUUCUAGGAUCAGUGUAAGUUAAACUCAAUCAACAGAUUUGUGACAUAAUACUGAUUACUUCAACAUUCAUCAUAAAUGACUGAAAAGUGUGUGAAAGAAUGUAACCAUAUGAAGGAAGAUUAUAAUUUUAUAAGAUUAAGUUUUUGCUUUCAGAAAGUCCAGAAACUGUCCCCAUUUAUUUUCAUUGUGAGUCCAUUACCCUAACCCAUAUACUGUAUUUGAAUUUAGAAAAUAGAAAAUGAGGGAUGAGUUGGAAUUAUUAUUAUGUUUUUUUUUUUUCUGUGUGUAUGUGUUAAUCAAUAUUAUGCCACAAAUGCUGUUGGUUGAGCAGAACUUGUAUUGAACCCAUAAUAUAUCUUUAAAAUAAUGAAGGGUUAUGGUACUGAAUGAGCACUUCUUUCAGUCUUGCAUGGGGUAGGCAUGUUUAAAAUGCAACAGCAAAUAGAAUUGAAAGUGUGUUUGCACCUGUAGUGAUAAGCCUCACUCAGUUUAAGGAUUCAUUUCUCACUUCCCUCUGAAUGUUUGGCAGUCCACUUAUUUGCAUGUGUUAAGAAAUUGUGGGGGUAAUAGCAGAAAACCAGAUGGUCUUGGUCCAAAACCACAUUAAUCUGUGAUACUAUGCAAACCUCAGCCAAUCAAGCAGGGUUUGCAAGCAACCCCGGAAAGAAACUCAGAAACAAAUGCAUCUUGAUGCUGUAGCCUACACAGAAAUAUACUUUCUUAAUUUGACUAUGUCCUUUAAAACCUGAGAAUCUUAGCAUUUGAAGAAAGCUGAAUACUGUUACUAAAGGGAUGGCAUAGUGUGUUUAGGUGUAAUGUAAUGUGAAGAGGUAUUUGUGACAAUCAGGCUUUUUUGAAAAGCCCUGAUUUCAGAUUUUUCUAAUUCCGAGUCCUCAUGUGGAUAUUUGGCUGCUAACAUGAAAUAAAUAAAUGACGAAGAUAAUAUAUAAUUGUCAUCAUGACAAUAAGUCACACUUGCAAUAUUAUAACUAAUGAUUGUAAUUAAAUUUAACAUGUAUAUCGAUUGCUUUGUAACCUGCAUCAUAUAAUCAGAAAUUAUCUUUGUCAAGUAGAAAGUUCUCACAAAUUUGUUUUAUUGUAAUUGCGGCAAUAUCUAAUUUCUGUAUUUUCUGAUUUUUAUUUUUACAUGUGUAGCAAGCAGGUGUCUUACACCUAAACCUCAGCUUUGUAACUUCUGUUCUACAUUUUUAAUUCCAUGAAUGGUACAAUAAGUGCUUUAGCUAAAAUGCUUUUUUGUAUAACUUCGAAUGUAACGUGUAUCAAUAUGUGUACGUGGACUAACCAUGAUUAGCGGUGUUACUUUUUUUUUUCGUUUUUUUUUUUUCAAAAGCUCUAUAUUGAAGAUGUUUUUGCCACUGUACAAUUGGAAGCACAACUGUUCAGAUGUGUAGAGGAAACCUGCAAAUGUGAUGAAUUGUUUUAACACGAAUGAAUAUGCUUUAAAUAAGAUUUAUAAUCCAGAGAUAGUUGUGAUGCUUAUUUUGCUUAAGAGUCGAGGUAAAUAAUAUAGGCACCUGAGAACUGAACUGAGAACAUGUCAACAGCUGUGGAACUAAAUGAUGCUUGAAAUGCUGAGAAAAGGUUGUACAAAAAUAUUAGUUAGUCUUCUUAACACUUUAUGAUUUAUAUUAUUAUUGUUACUGCUUUACUGAAAGUUUUAAUUUGUAAUUCAAUUUUUAAGGUGCCUUUUUGCAUUUUAUUAAACAUUUAUACAACUUCUGUAUUCACAGUACCUUGAACUCUUAUUGAAAUUGCUAUGUUUAUAUUUCAAUAAUUGCACAUUCUCUGUUUGGCUGUGAACUUAAAACAUCUGUCAGUUAAAGCAGCAUUUCUUUGUUUUACCACUAGAUCAAAUAAUUUAUUACACAGAAACUGGCCUUAAUAUACAUGCUUGAUAAUGUUAGUGUUCUCUGUCAUUCAGAAUAAUUUAUUUCAUCAUUGUGCACAUAACAGAGUUGAUGCUCUGAGAUUGAAAAAUCUAAAAUGAAAAUUUAGGAUCGUCAUGAUACAUGUACUUAAAUAAACAAAAUACUUGAAACU